AACAUGGUCGACAGAUUAGGUAGGAAUUUUUCUCAUCAUUCGUAAAAUCUCUAUUUUCCAUAAGAAAUAGUGUUGGAAUUUCCCAAAAAGUGAAUGGAAAUUGUGUGGGAGGAAAUGGAAAAGUGGUGUGUGGUGGAAAAUUGUGCAAAAGUUGAAUGGAAAUGGGUGAAAAUUGCGGAAGUUUGUGCCUCUCCCAUACCCGCAGUGUCGUCGUCGCGGGCAGGGUCAUAAAUUUAUUUAUUCUGGAGGCGUGCGGAGGGGUGAAACGCGGUGAUUCUUCUGCAGAGUAACACUGCAAAACAAUAGGCAGGCACAGGUGGUCAUUUGGUGGGUGGAAUUUGUGCCAGAAACCCGCAUUUGCUGCCCCGUCACGGUGUCUGAUUGUCCGGGAAUGUGAAAGUAACCCGUUGGUGGGUCCGGAAGGGCACUAGGAGGGCACCACAGUGGCAGGAUCCGAUGAAAAGACAUCGUGGCACCGUCGAGGGGCGGGAGAGGCAACGAGCGAUACGCUAAAAUGAGUUUUGAUAAAAGAAUUUGCUAUGUGGUGGAUGGAUGAAUCACCCUCCAGAGUCAGACUUCUCACGUUCUCUCUGACUAAUAAUAAAAAAAAAAGUCUAUCGCAAUGCGAAUCCUCAUAUGCGGAAGAGCACAAGGCUCACCACUUUUCCACUCUUCUUUCGUCAAUUUUCUCUGUUGCACGCACGGAUGCUGUCGUGUGUGUGCGUGUACAAAGCCCCCAAACAUUGCGGGAGAAAGUUCCGUGUACGCUACGUACCUGAAGAAGAAGAAAAUGAAUAGCGAGGCAAACGCCAGGCGAAUAGCCAUGGUGGAGAGUUGUUUUGGGAGCUCAGGGCAGCCACUGGCGCUCCCGGGACGUGUCCUGGUUGGCGAAGGAGUGCUCACGAAGAUGUGCCGCAAACGCGCCAAGUCGCGGCAAUUCUUCCUCUUCAAUGACAUCCUCGUCUACGGGAACAUUGUGAUCGGGAAGAAAAAGUACAACAAACAGCACAUCAUCCCCCUUGAGGAGGUGCAACUUCAGGGACUCGAAGACAAUGCACAAUAUCAAAAUGGAUGGCUAAUUAGGACCACAACAAAAUCAUUUGCCGUGUAUGCGGCUACGAGCACGGAGAAGCAAGAAUGGAUGGCACACAUAAAUAAAUGCAUCGACGAUCUUCUUCGUAAAAGUGGCAAAAAGCCCGUGGUGAAUCAUGCUGCCGUCUGGGUGCCGGACAAUGAGGCGCAGAUAUGUAUGCACUGCAAGAAGACGCAAUUUACGAUGCUCGUGCGAAGGCACCACUGCAGGAAUUGUGGGGCUGUGGUGUGUGGCCCGUGUUCAUCGAAGAAAUUCCUGUUGGCGCAUCAGAGCUCAAAGCCGGUGCGCGUGUGCCUCGAUUGCUAUGACUCACUAAGUAAUGCAAAGACGGAGCAGAGGAAGAAUACGGUUGUGGCCCCAAAUUCAGCCACCAACUCCGCCCCGAAUGCCAAGUCCAACAACAAUACCCAAGAUAGCUCCGCUGAGGAUGAUUCUGAUGAUGAUGAGGAGCAGAAGGAGACGCACGAUGAGCCAAAAUUCUACGGCGAUGCUGACAAGAAUGAUGAAAAGUGAUUUUCACUGUUGCUUCUGACCAGAAAACUAUGUAAGAAGAAGAAAAUCUAAAAAAAGGUGUGCGGAUUCCUCCAAAAUUGCUGCGGUGAAAGCAACCAAAAAAAAAAAAUGAAGAAAGUUUUUCUUUCAGUUGCAACUUUAGCAUUUCUUUCUCCUCUACACCAUCCCUCCCUCGCAAAUCCUUUCUGAGGAUUACAAAAAAAAAGAAAUGUAGAAAAAAGUAGAAUUCCCAAAAAAAAUCUUUUAAAUUAAAUUAUUUGUUGCUAUUUUUUGUGAAAUUUUCUCUAAUCAGGAGACUUUUUGGGGGAAAAGGAAAAGAAAAAAAAGAAGAAGACAGAAAUAGGAUCUUUUUUUUAGAGAAAAAGAUAAAAUAAAUUUUAUUGUAUAAUUUUUAAAAUAUUAAAUAAAAAAGGAAGAAGAAAAAGUAAAUUAAGAGAAAAAAAUUCUCAAUAUUGUUGCAAUUAUAUAAAAAGAAAUGAAGAUAAAGAAAAAAAUAUAGAUUAAGGUGCACUUUUCAUUUAAUUUUUCUCUCCUACGCCCACCCCCUUACCCCUCCACCUAACCACACAUACCCCCUCUCCUCUUACAAUUUUAUUCAUUUUUUUUAAUCUCUAAAUAAAUCACGAAAAUAUCGAUAGAAAAAAUAGUUACGGUUAAGCAAAGAAGAAACGAUGAUAAUUUAAUUGUCUCUUGGUUGAUUUUCUCCGAAGAAGUUUUAGUUUUUUUUUGUGAAGAAAAAAAGGAUUUAAAAUAAAAUAAAAAUAUUUGAUGAAGGAA